CUGUUGCGCCGCCACAGACGUCAGAAGACCGACGUACUCGCCCUUUUCGUUGAACCGUUUUUGCACAUAAAAAGGCUCGACUACGAUGACCACCACUGCAACUCGUCGACCAGCUACUCUACCCCUUUCCUUAUCCGAACCAGCCGUCACUGUCAACCGGUUCCCUUCACCGCCGCCCGUACCGAUGCCGCCCUUUACCUUUCCUCUGGCCGACAGUAGCACGUCUCAACUGGCUGAACUCGACAGCAAACACUUUUCGUUCGUCAACGGGGAUGCUCUGCCGAGACCUAGCGGCAGCAGGAGUAGUAGUAGGAAGAGCAGUAUCAGUGGGGCGUGGGAGGAAGAGUCGUUGGCGACUCCAAAGAUGCAUAUGAGGGUCAGCAGCAGGAUCAUUGUACCUGCCAUAACGUUGACCCCUCCUCAAGCUCCCACCGCUUACCCUAUCCUAAAAUCAUACUCGAUCGACAACCCCUUCUUACCCAAGGAGACCUCCGGUCGACCUGCAUUCCCUAGCCGACCGUCUCUUCUCAACUUUGCCACGUUCUCGCCCUCGAAACGGCUCCGACGUAAAACCUCUCGGCGCAUGUCGGAUGAGGAGGAGGCUGGAGAGACCGUCAACGAGUUGAGCUUGCCUAGGGUUCAAAAGCCCAAGCGCUCGUUCUCGUUGCCUUCCAGCAUCAACACCGCACUGGACUGGGCGUUGUCCACGUCGACGUCCGCACCCAGCUCUCCGACCAAGCAGUACGCCAAGUCGGUGGCCGAAUUGGAAAAGAUCAAAAGCCAAGCUCCGGACAGUGGGUUCAGCCUUCCGCAAAUCUUGCCGACUAGCACCUCGUCUUUGUUCUCCCCACCGCCCAGCUCCAACGGGGUGUUCUCGUUCAACAACCUACCUAGCCGGGAGAAAAAGGCCGUGCCGGCCUAUACUGCUCGCCGUCGUGCCAACAAGUCGCCACUCGUCAUCCUUCUCUUUCCCCUUCUGGUCGUCGCCCUGCACAUCUAUUUCUCGUUCGUCGACGUCCGGUUCAUGCACCUUGGACACGACCUCGUCUUCGGAAGCCCUAUGGCCCAUCGACACACCUAUGCCGAGGGCCUACAUCUGGACAUGCAUGACGCUUGGGAUCAGUUUGAAGAGAAGAUCUCGUUCGCAAAGAGGGAAUCUGCCGUCGUACCAGCACAUGAAAACGACGCUUCGGAUGAACCCGAGCUGGACGACCCCGAGAGCUCGACCGACAACGACAGCGAUGUCAUUGCCUUCUUGAGGAGCAUGCAAGAAGCCGCCGAUCGUAGUGUCGCCAGCUCUUAGUCGGUAUCGGCGGGGAGGACUGAAGACAGCCCGACAAGGCUUCAUGGACAUUUCUCGUUUUGAGGAACUCUAUAAUAGACAACACGGACCAUUAGCGAGCAUUUCGCUUGAAACUCCCCAACCAUUGUAUCGAAUAACCAACCUAUAGAGACUGUUCUGUUGACGGACAAUGUAUUCGGUGUAGAGUGUAUACAGUAUCUUAUGCUUUUCUACCAAUUGCCGU